GUUAUGCUGCUGGUAAUGCCUGGAACCCGAGGAGCAGAGCACUGUGGGGCUGGAGAGUACUUAGCCGAAUUUCACUGCUGUGUAUCUUGUCCAGCAGGUACUUACGUCGCUCAGCACUGCAGUACUCCGCAUUCGAGAGGAGUAUGUGUACCUUGCACCGAAGGAGUGGAUUAUACUGCCCAUGAGAACGGCUUGGAAGAAUGCUUGUCAUGCAGACAGUGCAAAGAUGAUCAGACGAUUUUGAGACCCUGUACUCCAACACAUGAUACUGAAUGCCGAUGCAAACAAGGGUAUUUCUGCCCUGCCGAGGGCUGUGAAAUAUGUCAUAAAUGCAGUACAAUGUGUCCGGAAGGGAAAGAAAUUGUGCAGACUUGCAAUGCUACUAUGGACCUAGGAUGUGGCUUACCUGAUCAAGAUGCCUUUGCUUCAAAGCAAGAUCAGCAUAACAUCCUUAAAAGGACUUUUCCUAUCUACUUGUACUGUGUUGGCAAAGAGGAAGAAAAAUCUGGGCAGAAGCUCAGAUCUGCUUCAACUGAUAAAGAUGCAGAGAAAGGUCUGGAAUCUGAAAUCCUCAUUUUACCAGAAAUGGAGGCACCUGCAAGCAACACAACCAGCCCAGAGGGUGAGAACUCUGAUGAGAGCCCAGAAGACCAAGUGCAAACCAGUGUUAACCUGGAAGUGAAAAACACCUCAUCAGAGGAAAAUAGCAUUGCACUCUCUGAGCGGGGCACCAGCCUGUGUGGCAUGAAGUGCCAGCUGGAAAGUUGCUGGAGGAGGAUUGCUGAGUCCUCACUACCACCAAAAACUGGGCAGAAUCCUGCUUUUCAUCAGAAUGCCCCGUCUAAUGGCCCAAGUGUUAGGAUGCCAGCAAAUCGUAUGAUACGAGAACCACAGUGUCAAAUAAUUGUUAAAGAUCUCUCUCAAAAAGAACUGAGUGAUAGCUUUUUGGUCUUUAUAAAAGAAGUGCCACAGAAGAAAUGGAAGCAGUUUAUGAGAAAACAUCUGGAGGAAAAUUCUAUUAAUAGAAUUAUUCAUAACUUUCCUAAUGAUAUAGAAGAGCAAUCUUACCAGAUGCUUCUCCUCUGGAAAAACACACUGGGGGAGAAACAGUGUAUUAUUAAGCUACUGGAUGAGUUAAGGCAAGUAGAUACCAGGGUUUAUCAUAAUGUAUUGAACACUUUAAAAAUUAAGAAUAUUAUAA